UAUAUUUGUCAGUAUAUUGAAAUGUGCUUAGUUCUAACUAAUACCUGUAUUAACACAUAUUGUAUUUUAUAUUUUGUAGCCUUGCAGUUUGGUUUACUUUAAGUAUUGAAAGAAAUAGUUAUGUUACUAAAUUUUUAACUAGUUUGGUAUACAUAACAUAUAUUUUACUCAAUUCGAUUUUAUUAUAUUUUAUAUUCCAUAAAGAUGUGGAAAACCAUUUGGUCACUUUUUAUUUUACUUUUUAUGUUAAUCACUUCAAUAAUUGGACUGUAUAGUAAUCAACCAUGCUUACGAUCUGACAAUGGCCAUCUACGUGUUGAAAGCGCUACUAGCCGUAAUAUUUCUUUGAGUACAAAAGGACAAGGAUUUAUAAACGUGAAUAAUGAAAACUUAUUUCAAAUUAUUGAACUGGCUAAAGAAGCUUGGGAAGUAAUUGAAGCAUUUCGAUCAAGCGAUUUGCCUGAAUUUGUGGAUACGUUAAAAAAUGUUGUACCAAUGAUAGAUGGUCCGAGAGGUUUAUCUAGUCGGAUCACCGCUCUGGAAAUGCAAAUUUUGAACGCGUCAACAACGAAAUUACCUAAUAAGGGCAAAGGCGGAAUGACGUUAAACCGCGCAGACAAAUUAGAAGUUAGAUUAAAUAAUUUGGAAAAAAAAAUCACCAAUCUCGUUAGUCUUUUGUCGAUUAGCGAAUGCUUGAGUAAUCCUUGCCAGAAUGGUGGGACGUGUUUGGAUCUUUAUAAUGGAUUUCAAUGUAACUGUCCAAAAAAUUGGCAGGGUAGAUUGUGUGAAUUGGACGUAGACGAAUGUGUACGAUUCAUGUACACGGAUUUAGGGUGUCAAAACGGUGCGGAAUGCAAGAACACGCCGGGUAGUUACGAAUGCGUGUGCACGACGAACUGGUUCGGUUUGCACUGUACGAAAAGGAAGAACGAUUGCAAUGGGGCAUUGUCGUCGGAACUCUGCGGCAACGGAGUGUGUAUUAAUCAACUGUCGACGGUUGGUUACACGUGCAUUUGUAACCAGGGUUGGACUACGGACGGAGGACCAAAUCCGGCCUGUACGAAAGACGUGGACGAAUGCAAAGAAAACAAACACACGUGCUCGGCAAAUCCACCGGUCGAGUGCAGGAAUACUAGAGGGUCGUUUACUUGCGGAAACUGUCCCUUAGGUUACGAGGGGGACGGUUUUGUGUGUACUGAUGUUAACGAGUGUUUGAUUAACAACGGUGGAUGCAGUAUGAAUCCUAGAGUUCAGUGCAUGAACACGAGAGGUUCAUUUAAAUGUGAAUCGUGUCCACCUGGCUAUAGCGGUGAUGGGAUUAACUGUGUUUAUAAAUCUGGAGGAGCUUGUGCGAUAAACAACGGAGGAUGUCAUUCAAAUGCUGAGUGCACUGUUUAUGCUGAAACAACAAUUCAGUGUACAUGUCGGCAAGGGUAUAUUGGUAAUGGAAUCGGAAUGAACGGAUGCAUUAAAAACAACACAACUGUAAUAGAAUCUUGUACGAAUAAUCCCUGUGGUUCUCAUGGCGAAUGCUUUAUGAAUUCAAAUAACACUUUUUCGUGUCAUUGUGACAGGGGUUAUACAGGACGAAGAUGUAACAUUCGCGAAGAAAAUCCGUGCUUAGUAAAUCCGUGCCAUAAUGGCCAAUGUGUCCCUGAAAUAGAACCCGGUGAAUUUACUUGUACUUGUACUACAGGGUUUUUUGGACAGUAUUGUGAAUCAUUUUUAGAUAGUUGUGGUGGUUAUAUUGAUACUUCUAAUGGAUCAAUACGGUAUCCUGCAGAGUCAAAUGCAACGUACCAGAGCAACAUGAAUUGUGCAUGGUUAAUUGAAGUAAAUUCGUCUCAAGUCAUAAAUAUAUCUUUUGUUUGGAUUGAUAUUGAAAAAGGAAUUACUUGUUCCAUGGACUAUGUCGAAAUUAAAAACGUUGACGAUGAUGGUGGAAAGGUGUUGGGUAAAUUCUGUGGUAGUCAAUUGCCAUUAAACAAUAGCAUUGUUUCGGUUACGAAUUCAGUAAUUGUACAUUUUCAUUCUGACGGAUCCAAAAAUUUUCGUGGUUUUCAGUUAAAUUACACAACGAUACAACCAGAUUGUGGUGGUGCAUUAAGUAUUGAUUCACACGGCACAUUAUCCUCUCCCGGUUCUCCGGGAAAAUAUCCACCUAAUCGUGACUGUUAUUGGACUUUGAAUGCCAUUCCAGGAAAAAGAAUUCAAUUAAAUUUUUUUUCAUUAAGUUUUGAACGACAUAUAAAUUGUAGUUAUGACUAUUUAGAGAUUAGAGAUGGUUUUACUCAGCUCAGUCCAAUAUUGUCAAAAUUAUGUAAUACUACUUCUAAUGGUUUACCUCCUCCUAUAUUGACUUCAGGUUCACAUGCAAAUUUGCACUUCCAUUCUGAUGGUUCUGGCCAAGACUACGGAUUUCAAAUGACGUACAGUGUAAUUGAGGGCAUACCAGGAUGUGGUGGUACUUAUACAAGCCCCUCUGGAGUUAUAUCUUUUCCUAUGCAUUUGACAAGUGAUAGCUUUAAUGAUUUGGACAAUGUGAAUUGUGAAUGGCAUAUAAAAAUGCCGCUUAAUCAAAAACUUAAACUUGAAUUCAUAAAGGAAUUUGGCAUCACAGAUUCUAUUAAUUGUUCAACAGAUUUUUUGGAAAUUCACGAUGGUCCUAAUAUAAAAUCUCCAUUAAUUGGUCGUUAUUGUGGCUCAGAUAAAUAUGUUCAACCAAUAAACUCAAACAGUAAUGAAGUAACUCUUCUUUUUGUAUCAGAUGAUUUUUCAUCUGUAGUUAAAGGAUUUACAAUUAAAUACGAAAUAUAAUGCGGUGGAAUAUUUACUGAUAGCAAUGGUAUAAUCGAAUCGCCAUUUUACCCAAAUCCUUUUCUACAAAAUAAAAUCUGUGAAUAUACAAUCGUACAACCAGUUGGCAAAGCUAUUCGAUUAUUAUUUUUGGAUAUGGGAAUUGAAGAUCCUUCGUAUCCAAUAUGUAAUUUUAAUUCAUUAGAGAUCAGAGAUGGAGAUAAUUCAAAUUCAACUAUAAUCGCAUUGCUAUGUGGAAAUAUUGAAAAACUUCCUAAACUUCCUUACCUAUCAACACAUAAUUAUAUGUGGUUAAAAUUUUCUACUAAAUCAUUAAAUUCUAUUAAAGGAUUUCAAGCUAUUUAUUCAACGAUUGAUAUAACAUGUGGUGGUAUUUUAAAGGAACCAUCUGGUAUUAUAUUAUCGCCGAAAAAUCCAGAAAAAUAUUUACACCAACAAAUGUGUAAAUGGGUUAUAUCUGUAAAUGAAUCUAAUCUAAUACAAAUAAAUUGGAUAUCAUUUUCCUUAGAUGACCGACUCACUUGUAACAAUGAUUAUGUCGAAGUCUAUGAUAAUAGUGUUCAAGGAAAUGCAUCAAAAAUCGCUAGGUAUUGUGGAUCUAAAUUACCACCAGUAUUGAUUUCAUUAGGUAAUCGUCUAACAAUAGUUUUUCAAACUAAUCGUUUAGGAGCAUUAGAUGGUUUUAUGUUAAAUUACACUUCAUUAAAUAAAGUGGAAGUAUGUGGUGGAAACUUCUUCAACCUAGAAGGUUUUAUUAUGUCACCAAAUUUCCCAGAUGACUAUCCUACACAAAAAAAUUGUAUAUGGACUAUAAAUGUACCAGUUUCAAAUCAGAUUGAGUUAAAUAUUACUACAUUUCUUCUUGAAAACAGUUUUGAAUGUAGGUUUGAUUAUGUAGAAAUUCGAAAUGGAGGAUAUCCUACAUCACCAUUAAUUGGAAAGUAUUGCGGAUCUAAAAUACUUCCUAUUAUCUCUUCAAUCGGAAAUUCACUUUUUAUAAGAUUUGUAUCAGAUAAAACUUUUGCAAAUAAAGGAUUUUUUAUGCAAUGGUAUACAAUUGCCAAAGGUUGUGGUGGAACAUUGAAUUCUGGGGUUGGCCAUAUAAUAUCUCCUAACUAUCCAUUGCCUGUAUUAGAAACAUUAGAAUGUUUUUACAAGGUUGCUGUGGUGCAAGGAAGUCAAAUCAACCUUACUAUAUUAGAUCUAGAGUUAGUAACAGAUAAUUCUGCUGGAUUAUUGUGCCACGAAGAUUUUCUGGAAUUUUAUGAUGGUGAAAGUUCUGCUAAUAAAUUAUUGGGAAAAUUCUGUAAAGGUACUAAUGCAUCUCAAUUUGUACAUUCGACGUCAAAUCAAAUGUACAUUAAAUAUAGAAGUAGUGGUUUUUCUAAAGGUAGAGGUUUUUCGUUGAAAUAUGCUACUGACUGUAAGGUAACUUUAAAAGGAAAUCAGGGUGCGAUUGAAAUGGUUAAAGAAGAAAAUAGAAAUGUAGAAAAAUGUGUUUGGACAAUUGUGGCUCCUAAAGGAAGUACAAUUAAUAUGACUUUUACUGUGUUUAAAUUAUCGAGCAAAAUCAUAAGACAUUCUGCAUUGUUGGACAUGAAUUCAGGUUUUCACCGAUUUUUUAGAUAUUUUCCCCAUUCUAAGGAUACCAAGUUACUUAUAACUGAAGGGACAAACAGGAAUGAAGUUAAUACUCUUUUGUGGAAAAAUAAUCGUUCUAUAGAAACUCAUUCUGUGAUAUCUUCAACUAAGAACAUUGUUAAAAUUACUUUUGAUUCUAAAAGCUAUAAAGAUAUGUCGGAUGUGAACGAUGAUUUUCGUAUCGAAUGGAUAGUUGAUGGUUGUGGUGGUGUGUUAAAUAAAUUGGAAGGCGAAUUUACAUCACCUGAAUAUCCAGAAUAUUAUAGUUUUAGUACCACUUGUGAAUGGAAUAUUAUCGUCGAUAAUGGAUUUAUUAUAGAGAUAACAAUAGAAGAUUUAUGGUUUGAAGCUUCAGGAUCUUGUUUAUUUGAUUAUAUGGCUAUUUACAAUGGAUUUGAUGAUUCUGGUAUGGAAUUAUUAAAAGUAUGCCAUAAACAAACGAGUCCAAUCACAUUGACAACUAGUGGAAAUGAAGCUUUUGUAAGAUUUCAAUCAGACGAUGAUUCUCAGAAAAAACGUUUCAAAGCUACAUACAAGAAAAUUGAAUCGAAAUGUGGUGGAAAAUUCAGUGCACCUCAAGGAGUUUUCUAUACUAGAAAUUAUCCACAUAACUACGAUUCCAAUAGUUCUUGCAUGUGGUAUAUUGAAAUAGCAAAGACGCAUUUAAUUAAUCUUACAUUCAUUGACUUUAAUACUCAAAGUUCUCCUUCAGGAAACAAAGAUAUUGUUCUAGUAUAUGAUGGCAAUAUUCAUGGGAAAUUACUCCUAAACCACUCUGGGAAUAGUAUACCACCCCCGAUUAUAUCUUUAUCUAAUAUACUCCUUGUAUCCUUUGAAGUUGGUAAAUAUGAUAUUCAAGCAAAAGGGUUCAAAGCAAUGUAUUCUACGGCAUGCGGUGCAAAAUUAUUAACAAAUGAUUCAGGAAUUAUCACUAACAACCCAUAUUUUACAAAUGGGGAACACGAGAACUGUACUUGGAUUAUUGUAUCUGAUAUUCCUCAGUCAAAAGUCACAUUAACAUUUACUCAUAUUGAUAUAGUACAUUAUUUAGAAGAUAUUACAAUAGAAAAUUCAAAUAUUACUAAUAACCCUUGUUCUAAUGAUUUAUUUCACACAAUAUUUCGAAUUUUGGAUGGUCCCGAUUCUGAUGCACCUGAAAUAACUAAAUUUUGUAAGUCGAAUCCGAUACCUCCACCUAUUGUCAGUAAUGGGCCAGCUAUGCGUAUAGAGUUUAUCGACAAUUCUGCUGCGUAUGAUUCAUUUAGUGCUUUGUACUCCGUAAGAUCAAUAGCAUGUGGUGGAACGUAUGACUCGAUAAGAGGAACGAUUUCUUCGCCCAACUAUCCAAAUAAUUAUUUCAGAGAUUCUGAAUGUGUUUGGAUAUUAAAAUCUUCUGUCGGAAAUCGGGUGUCUUUGAAUUUCAUUGCUUUUGAAUUAGAAGAAGACGAGUUUUGCAAUGAAGAUUAUGUGGAAGUUAGAGAAGGUGAUUCUAUGGGUCCCGUCUUAGGUAUUUUUUGUGGACCAAAUUUGCCAUCUAAUAUUACUUCGGGUACGUCCCUUUGGGUCAAAUUUCGUUCUAAUUCUCUUGGUUCAGCUAAAGGAUUUACUGCAGAUUUUAAGUAUGUAACAAAAAUUGACCUGACAUCACAAUCUGGAAAAAUCUCUAGUCCAAUGUAUCCCAGAACAUACAGAGAUAGUGAAGAUUAUUCAUGGACAAUAACGGUAGACCAAGGAAAAAGAGUUCAAAUUUUGAUCAAUGACUUAAUUUCUUCUUCUGGAAUUCACGAAUUAAAAAUAUAUGAUGGAAGUAAUGUCGAAACUUUAAUUUUGUUGGGACUAAGUUCUAUAAAUUACGAUUUAGUAUUGAAUAAAGCUAUUACAUCAUCCGAUAACACUGUUCUUAUUAAAUUGAAGGCUGGCGAUAGAAGAAUUGGGGGUAUACGGUUUUUACUAUCGUGGACACAAAUAGAUGGGUUGAAGUUGUACACAUCUCUAUUAAUGUCGAAAAAUAAAUUUAACAGUACAAGUUUUGACUAUUAUUUAUCACCAAACUCAAAUACAAGUGUGACAAUUACAAGUCCUGGUUAUCCUUAUGGUUACGCGUCAAAUCUAAAUGUUACUUGGGUAGUACACACGGAAUCACAUUAUCAUAUUGAUAUUGAAAUUAUUGACAUAGAUUUUUAUCCCAUUCAUUCAUCUUCAACAGCGUAUAGUGGAGAUUAUCUUGAUGUCGUAACUGUUGAUCCUGAUACGACAAGUACAACACUUUUAAAAACAUUGUAUACAUACACGAAUACAAAUAUAGUUGGUAAGAAUAAAGUAGUAUUAACUUUCAUUUCGAACAAGUCAUUCAAUGGUACAGGAUUUAAAGUUAAAGCAAAAUUAAAAUGUGGAGGUCAAUUACGAGGACCAACAGGAGUCAUCAGUCUAGCUAAUACAACAAAUCUAUUUGAUACACCAAAUUCGUAUCACCUUCGCUGCACUUGGAAUAUCACUGUACGACCGGGAAGAACGAUUUUAGUGAAACUAAUGACCCUACAAUUACGAGUAUAUCCACACGAUUUAUGUGUAGAUAAUUAUGUUUUGUUGAAAAAUGGAUUCUACGAUGAUUCGACUUUUGUCGGCAAGGGGAAAUACUGUUAUGAAUCUGAAGAGUUUAAAGAAUCUAAUGAAUCAACACUAUCUACCACUGAUAAUAUGUUACAGAUUACUGCUGCAUUAGUCAGAGGAGAUAUAAUCAAAAUAGCGUUUGAAGAAAAAUCAGUUAAUUGUGGUGGACAAAUUUAUUUGAACGAUGAAUACAAUAUUACUCAAAUCACAUCUCCUUCAUAUCCGAAUAUACCACCACCACAUAUUGAAUGCAUCUGGACGGUUGUUGCACCGACUGGAGAACGGAUAUCUGUAAAUAUUGAAGACAUUGACUUAGCUUUCUCUGUUAGUAAAACAUGUGAAAAAGAAUAUUUGGAAUUCAGAGACGGUGCAGCUCGAUUUUCACGGUUAAUAAGUCAUAUUUGUCAGUAUCAAGACAUUCUUGACAUCGAAACUACAGACAGAUUUUUAUACAUAAAGUACUUCACAGAUUUAAAUGUACCCAGCAAUGGUUUUAAGUUAAAUGUUUCUAUAGCGAAAUGUGGUGGUACUCGUCGUGCACCUCGAGGUAUAAUAUCGUCGCCUAAGUAUCCCAGCUCAUAUGAUUCAAAUAUGGAUUGUGAGUACAAAAUUAUCACUAAAUCAGAAAAGCAAAUUGUGUUGAAAUUAGAGAUAGUGAGUCUUAACCACCGGAAUCCAAGUAUUGGAAUUGUAGAAGAUACAGCAAACAAUGAAAAUUACGACGACACAUUAACUAUAUUCGAUGUAGACCCUUUUAACAAAACAAGGGUGAAAAUAUCAACAAUUUUUGGUUCCGAUCUACCAUUAAAUGAAUUUAGAUCAACCGGUCAAGAAUUAAUUAUUAAAUUCAAAUCACACAUUAUAAACGGGCCAAAUCGUAUGAACAACACAAAUGCAAAAUUUUUAUUUUCAUACCAUACUAAUUAUAUUGAUUGUCAUAAAGAGUACCAAGUCGAAAGUGGUGAAAUAACUACACCUGUCUAUGCUAGUUUGAAUAACGGAGUGGUAUACUGCUCUUUUUAUAUCCAGGUACCCAAAGGACGCAGAAUCACUUUAGAAAUAAUAAAAGGAAAAUCGCUCGCUCAAACUUGUGAAUCGAAUAAUUUACCAGAAAAUGCGUUGAAAGAAACCCUCUUAGUUUAUCAAAUGAUUUAUAAGGAUAGUGAGAAUUAUCUAUGCAUUGACCCUAUUAUCAAUCCUUUAUCAUUAAACUAUAUGUAUGAAUCGAUUUCAAAUGAUAUGUCAUUAGUUUAUAGAAGAGGAAAUGGUAGUACAAAUGGUUUUCGAUUUAAAUUCUCAUCGGACAAACCUCCCACUUGUGGGGGUAUAACAGAUGCCAGCAUCAAAGGUAAAUUAGAAUUUCCAAUUAGAAAUCUAACUAGGGGUGGUUGCAAAUGGGAUUUUACAAAUACAAAUGGAACGAUUGUAAUAUCAACAAAUUUCAAAGUUAAUGAAAGCUUGUUGAAUUGCCGAGAACAAUCAAAUUUUAUCUUACUGGCUACUGAUGAAGAUGAUAGCUUAUUAUUAAAUAGGUAUUGUUCAAUGGCAAAUACGAAUGACAAGUUUACAAUUUUAAGUCCUAUGCCCAUGCUUAAACUUUUGGUGUUCACAAAUUUAAAAAAAAUGAACUACACAGGGAUUAUUGAUUACAACGUUAAUUCAUGCGGCGGAGUGAUAAAUGGACAAAAAAUAACAAUAACUAGUACAAAUUAUCCUAAAAAUUUCGGUCAAAAUUUAAAAUGUGCAUGGAGUUUAAAACUUCCUGAAGGUAACAACGUUGACAUACGUUUUAAUGAUAUUGAUCUUGAUUCAUCGUGUGAUAAUAAUUAUGUCAUGUUACACGAUGGCCCUAGUCCUGAAAGUCCUAUACUUGGAAAAUACUGUGGUAAUAUUUUGCCGGAGAAUUUAGUAGCAACUUCAAACAAUCUAUGGGUUGUAUUUUCAUCUGAGACUGAAAAAAGUAACAGGAGAGGGUUCAAUUUAACUUUAGAAUCAAAACAAAAUGGUUGUGGAAAUAUUUACGUAAUGGACAAAGGAGAAUUAUCUUCUAGAAAUUAUCCUAACUUGUACCCAAAUAACGAAGAAUGCGAGUGGACGAUAGCGGUAUUGCCAGGCUACAGAGUCAACUUGCAAUUUGUAGAACGUUUUAAUUUGGAACAAAGUGUAAACUGUACUAAAGACUAUGUACAGGUUUUUAAUUUUGUAAAUGAUGUUUGGACGCCAUUCGGAAAUCGAUUGUGUGGUCGUCAAAUUCCACCAUCAUUUAACUCAUCUGAAACAAAACUUAAAAUUCGCCUAAGAACUGAUAGUGAUAUACAAGGUGAUGGUUUUAAAAUCAAGUGGAGUAGUUUUUGCGGUGGAAUUUUUACUGAAAGUAUUGGUAAAAUUAUUUCACCAAACUAUCCUAAACUGUAUCCAAAUAAUCUAGAAUGCAACUAUACGAUAACAUUCCCCGGAGAAGAAAUAAAAUUAAUUUUUAAUUCUUUUGAUUUAGAAGAAGAAGGGAGAUGUAAAUACGAUAACUUAACAAUAUACAACCAAGCAGGCGUGUUUGACGAUCAGACAAAACAUUUCGUUGCCUUAUACUGUGGGAGUAACGUACCACGUCCAAUGACAUUUAUGGAUAGUGUCAUGAUGAUAUUGAAGACGGACUAUGUAUAUACCUACACUGGAUUCGAAAUACAAUAUGCUAUUCAAAAAUGUGGAGGAGAAAUUACAAGUCCAGGUAUUAUUAAAUCCCCAUUAGCUAUUGAUAAAAUAUUUGGUAUUUUUAAAUAUCCAGAUGAUGCAAACUGCACUUGGGUUAUACGAGCACCACCAGAUCAAACUGUACAGCUUGUAUUUACUAAAUUUCACUUGGAAAGUUAUGCAUCUUAUGAUUCUUUUUAUUAUGAAUCGUCACAAAAAUGUUUGAAUAAUACUGAUUUUGUCGUCGUCAUCGAUGAAUCCGAUCUUAAAAUUAAUAAUACUCAAGAUGCCGUCAUAUAUUGCGGAGUUUUCGAUAAAUAUAAGUUACCAGAAUUUGUGUCUAAAACCAAUAUUGUGUAUGUUCAAUUUAUCAGUGAUUCUUCAAGAAGUGGUAGUGGAUUUGAAGCCGAAAUAAAAUUUACUUAUGGCAAAUCUCAUGGUUGUGGGGGUACUAUAAGAUUAAAUCAAUUAAAUGAUACGUCCAGUUAUACAUUGAAUGCUCCAAACAUUACUGUAAAAACUGAUUUGGAUUGUGGAUGGUUAAUAUUAGUAAAACCUUCAUAUACUGUACAGAUGCAAGUUGUCAGUUACAUAGAAACACCAAAAUGUUUUUCAAAUACAACAAACUGUUUAUGUAGUUCUAUUCAGUUUUAUGAUGGUCCUGGACGUUCCGCAUUAAAAAUUCGUCAAUACUGCUCAGGAAAUGUAGACUAUCCUCAAUUAUUAUCAACUGGUAGUGAAGCAUAUAUUAGAUACUCGGGCAUUGCUUUGGAUGUAGGCACACAUUUUGAAAUAAAGAUAACACCAGUGAUAUCGGUUUGUGGCCCAAGUUCAUUGACUGCGACUAACCAAUCACAAGUAUUAACGUCUGCAAAUUAUCCAUUACCAUAUAUGAAUAAUUUAAUUUGUAAAUGGUACUUGCAAUCAGAAUCUUCUGGGCAAUCUCUCAUGUUACGAUUCACGGAUUUGAAUUUAGAGGACACCAACGAUUGUUCAUCUAAUUAUUUGGAAAUAAAAUAUUUAACGUGGCUGGAACGGUCUUACUAUACAUAUCGUGUUUGCCACGAAGACCAUGUACUUGAUUUUGAGAGUGAGCCUUCGAAAACGUUUACAUUGACACUACACACAGUAGCUGACCAAAAAACACCAAAAGGUUUUAGAUUAGAGUAUAUGAUUAAAAGUUGCCCAAUAACAUAUAAAAAACGCUAUGGGUAUAUUCAUCAUGAAUUUUAUCCACAAACAUCGACGGAAGAAGAAUGUAUAUUCACAAUAAACUUAGCUCAACCAAAUUUAACAAUUUCUUUAUAUAUUUCAACGUUCAUUUUUAUGGGGCCAUUGCCAUCGGUGUCACCUGUAUCUAGUUACUUGAAGGUUUAUGAUGGACCGUCUGCCUCUUCACCACUUGUGUCAACUUUGAACGAUAGGAUUCGGAUUCCUCUUGCUGUAUUUUCAACGGGUCCAUCGUUGACGAUGGCAUUUAAAUCAACAGACAGAUUAAUAGGGAUGUUGGACAUGAGUUAUACCUCUACGGAUCAAGGUAGAGGUUGCGGUGGAAAAUUGUUCAAUAUAGAGGGCACGGUUGUAAGCCCAAUGUAUCCUAUGGCGUAUAAUAAGAACUCAACUUGCAGGUGGGAUAUUGCGGUUCCUAGACCACAUCCAAUCACAAUUCAUUUUAGAGUGUUUAACAUUGGUUCAAAGAUGUCCUGUAACACAGAUUAUUUAGAAAUGUACCACGUUGAUCAGAAAACGGGAAGAUCGUCGUUUAUUGUUAAAUACUGCGGUGGAGAUAUUCCGGCGAUCCAUACCAGUGAAACAGGAGCAGUUUUCAUUCGUUACGUGACAAGCAUAAACAACACCGGUACCGGUUGGAUAUUGCUCUUCAAUGAUAAAAGUGAUAUCUAAAACAGUUUUACGUGUAUGUUUGUUGUCUACGAAUUAAACAAAAAUAUUACAAUUAAU